CUUCAGCAUCUUUUCCAAGGCGCGCUUUAAUGUGGAGUCACAGGCGUAUGGCGAAGCGAAGGGACGGGGGAGCAGCCCAGCGCCUACACAGAGCUUUACACUAAUAUGGGAUUUCACGGUGUGGACGUGGGAGGCGAUGUGAACUUCCACAGACUUCUCUGACCUCUCGAGUGGUACGCCGAGCAGGGAGGGCUGAACUCAGACCGCCUCUACAGGGUUUCCACAUUAUUUCCCCCUGACUGGACUGGAAUUCAAAGAUGCCAAUCUUGGAGAAAGAGACGGCCAGAGACCGAGACAGCCAAGUGUUGCCAAAGGUCCCUGUGCCACCACUGAAACAAACCCUCGACACAUAUUUGAAGUGCGUCCAACACUUGGUAAAGGAGGAGCAGUUUAAGAAAACAAAGGCCAUCGUAGAGAAGUUUGGGGCUCCUGGAGGUGUCGGAGAAGUUCUACAAAAGAAACUCUUAGAGAGGAGGGACAAGACGACCAACUGGGUCUAUGACUACUGGCUGGAGGACAUGUACUUAAACAACAGGUUGGCCCUACCUGUCAACUCCAGUCCUGUCAUGGUGUUUCCUAAGCAGACAUUCAGAGAUCAUAAAGAUGCCCUCAGAUUUGCUGCUCGUCUCAUCAGAGGAGUGUUGGAGUAUAAGGCUCUCAUUGAUGCGCGAGCGCUGCCAGUGGACUUUGCUCGAGGCCAACUUGCUGGGACUCCUCUGUGCAUGGAGCAGUACUAUCGCCUCUUCACCUCCUACCGCUACCCAGGGCUAAAGACAGACGUGCUCAAGGUCCAGAUGAACGCAGCCUCAUCGGUGCCAGAGCACAUCAUUGUGGCGUGCAAGAACCAGUUUUUCGUGUUGGAUGUAGUCGUGAAUAGCAAGCAGCUCAAUGAGACGGAGAUCUUAUCCCAGCUGGAGAAAAUCACGAAAAUGGCUGAAAACGCUGAAGAGAGACUUCCUCCUGUUGGUAUCCUGACCUCUGAUGGGAGAACAGAAUGGGCACAAGCCAGAGAUGCACUAAUAAAAGAUCAAACCAACAGAGACUCUCUGGCUCUGAUUGAGAGCUGUAUGUGUGUGGUGUGUCUGGAUGAGCCCAGUGGCCUGGAGCCUAGGGAUACCACCAGGGCCCUGCUUAUGCUGCAUGGUGGCGGACGUGAGAAGAAUGGGGCAAACCGCUGGUAUGACAAGUCAAUGCAGUUUGUUGUAGGAAUGGACGGGGUAUGUGGAGUCGUGUGCGACCACUCGCCAUUUGAGGGAAUUGUUCUGGUGCAGUGUUCUGAAUACGUGAUGAAAUACAUAACAGGGAGUCCAUCUAAAAUGGCGAGAGCGUCCAGCAUCAGAGAGCUUCCCCCUCCAAGAAGGCUGCUCUGGAAGUUUAACCCACACAUCCAAGGACACUUAGCAGCCGCCGGAGACAGAUUGCAGAGGCUGGUGAAUAACCUUGACAUGGAUGUUUUCAAGUUCAAGGUUUAUGGGAAAGAAUUCAUCAAAAAACAAAAGAUGAGUCCAGAUGCGUUCAUACAAGUUGCCUUACAACUUGCAUUUUUCAAAUGCAGUGGAAGGCUCGUGUCCACUUAUGAGAGUGCAUCCAUUCGGCGUUUCCAAGAAGGUCGGGUUGAUAACAUUCGCUCUGCCACCCCUGAGGCCCUGGCCUUUGUGAAGUCCAUGACAGAUGAGAGGGCCACUUUCACCGAUUCAGAAAAAAUGAAGCGAUUGAGGGAUGCAAUUAAUGCCCAGACAAAUUAUACAAUUGCAGCUAUUACAGGAAUGGCAAUAGACAAUCAUCUCCUCGGGCUUCUGAGGAUCGCAAAGGAGCUCAACAUGGAGAAACCAGAGAUCUUCUGUGAUGAGACAUAUUUGGCCAGUAACCAGUUCAUCCUUUCUACUAGUCAGGUCCCUACCACAGUAGAAAUGUUCUGUUGCUACGGCCCGGUGGUGCCCAAUGGCUAUGGCGCCUGUUACAACCCGCAGUCAGACCACAUCAUCUUCUGUGUGUCUAGUUUCUGGGAGAACACAGGGACGAGCUCGGCCGUAUUCGUCAAAGUCCUGAACGAGGGCCUGCUGGAAAUCAGGGACCUGUGCAAUAGAGGCAGCGCUGCAGCUACCAAACUGGCUGAUUGCAGCCAGGGAGCCGGCCAGCCUCAUAAAUCAGGGAAGUAAGCCAUACUGAGGAAGCACGCCUACUCAGCUGCUUCACUCAACACUCUUAGACUUAGACUUUAGCUUUAGACUCAGUAGUUGAGAGGCCUUCGUGUGUCUUUGUUGUCUGUGCAAUAGUGUUCCUUUAACAACAAAAUACAAAGCCUUAAAGUUCAUAAACAGUAUGUAAAUAUUAAAAAAUGUGAAUGAAAACUGGAAAACAGUUUUCUUUGGAUGUGUGUGUAGACAUUAGAAUGAUUUCGGGUCCAACAUUGAUCCCGCUUGACUCAGUAGACUGAGAGUAACUGGUCUGCUGCCUUUAGGAAACUGAAGCCAUGCCCGCUUUGUAGCACUGAUGUGAUAGGGAAACUAUCCUCUAUCAGAGAGUGAACUGAGUGAUCCCAAUGUACAUAGAGUAGUAACGUAAUAGACAUGACAGGAUUCUGUAAAAAAAAUAAAAUCAAACACUAUAUUUAAGUGACUUAUAACAAUUAUGACAUCCUGUAAAUGUGAUCCUGCCAACCUGUUUCACUUUGUGUGUUCAAUAGACUGGAUACUAUAAAAACAAUUUUAAUGUGCUAAAGUUAUUUUUUACUCUUCAGCAGUUAUGUGCAAUUUUUGAUUCCACUGACACCAUAAGGUUGCCAAAGAGGUUGUGUGUAUGUAAAGUCUGUCUGAUGAGGCACUUUAAGAUAUUUACAUAAAGAUAUGAAUGAAUAACUGAACAGUAAAUGUAGAGGACUGAUUAUAAGUAAUGUGUUUAAAGGGAAAACAUAUGUGAUAUGGUUUCAGUGGCACAUUUGAAAUCAUCUAGUUGUACUGUAUGUAUGUGUUCUAUAUUAUAGCAAUAGUUAAUAAGUGUAUUGAGUGCUACUUUAUAAGAAAAAUACAGUCCAGUGGUCACUGAGGCAAACCACUGUGUUCAUGUGAUUUUUAUUUGCACUUAGAGGUAGAAUAAGGGUAGGGAUGUAUUGUCAUAGUGUAAUUUGUGCAAUAGUAAAAUGGCAAGUGAAGUGAGGGUAUAUGUGCAAUUUACCAAAUCAAUAUUAGAUGCAUGAAGCUUAUUUAAUAUUAAAUUAACUAUAGUUGCUAUUUUUGAUAUUCAAAGAUACCGGAUAAUAUCUGUAACAUUAGAAUAAAUUGGCAAUCUGCUGUUUUGGUCCAAAAUAUUGAUUCAAAGUGUGCUGUGGAUCCUUUUAAAAAGUAUAUUUGUAUCAGUCUUGUUUCAAUCUGUCAUGUUACAUCAAAUCAAAUCAGUGGUGAAAAUGUGAGGAUAUUUGUUGUCCUGUGUCCAGAUGACACUUGUUUGUUAUGUAUCUAUCAUCAGCCAAAGUGAAUGUGAACCAUGUAGAUCAAGAAAAGACUAUAAGCGACAGACAUGCAUGUUUAUUCUUACAUACUAACUGUAUUUUUAUACUGUAUGUUCACAUGAAAAGCUUAUAUAAUGAUAUAUUAAAAUGUGGUAAAGGGUACACAUAAGUAACAAAAAUGCCUUAAAAUAAAGUGAUGCAAACUGUUUUCCAUCAUUCCUGUCGGAUGUGAUAUUCUGUAAGUGUUUUACCUCUGAUGUUAAUUUGAUCGGUUUGUACUUGGUGUUUGCUGUCUAAUGUCAGUGAUACAUGUAAAAGAAUGUAAUACUUGUUAUGUGUUUUUCAGUGAGUUUUCUCUUUGUCUCAUUCAUAAAAUGUAACUAAUAAUCCCUGUGAGUAAAUCAGGCUGUUAUAUCUACAGUAUUGUCCCAGAGUAUAGUAAUAAUAUGGCCUGAUAAAUUAACGUUACACUCAUCCAUGAAAACGUUUGUGCGAGUGGUAAUUAAUGUGUAACACUUUAUUGAUAGGGAAAAUAUAGUAUUUUAUUAAGUCGUUAAAUAUUCAAUGAAUGUUCAGUAAAAACUCAUAUGUUUCUCAUUAUGAAAAAGAAAACAAAAAGGCUUAUUUAUUUUUUUAGGCUACAAUAAUAUUUUGUUGAUUUAAAUUGUAAUGAAACUGUGGUGUAGCAAAAACUAAUAUUCAACUCCAUAAAUAAAUAAACCUCAAACAAUGAUA